AUGGGAAGGGUUCAGCCUGCCAGCCUUGAUGGAGUCAUAUGUCUCCCAAAGAAAGUAUCUGUCAAAUAUGGAAACUCAUGUCUGAUCCAGGAUCAGUCCAGUGUGGAGACAGAUCUAACUGAGGAUCAGUCUGGAUGUUGCCAAAAUAUCCAACACAACACGUCCAUGUCUGAGUCAGAUGAUGUCCUGCUGAGAAUCACUGAGGGUCAUAAAACCACCCUGAAAAAGAAGUAUGAGUGCUUAUAUGAAGGUGUCGCACUGAAAGAAAACCAAACCCUCCUCAACAGCAUUUACACAGAGCUCUACAUCACAGAGGGAGAGAGUGAAGGAGUGAAUGAGAAACAUGAGGUUUUACAGAUUGAAACAACAUCCAGGAAAUGGGUUUCUCAAGACAAACCAAUCAGCUGCAAUGACAUCUUCAAAUCCUUUUCAACCAACAGACCUAAAGAACAGAAAAAAGCCUUGUUUAGUCAGGAACCUGAAGGGGAAAGACAAAAGCCAGAAAUCAGAACUGUACUCACCAAGGGCAUCGCUGGAAUUGGAAAAACAGUCUCUGUGCAGAAGUUCAUUCUGGACUGGGCAGAGAGAGGGACCAAUAAGGACACUGAUUUCAUGUUGGUUCUUCCUUUUAGAGAACUGAACUUGGUUAAAGAUGAACAGUUCAGUCUUCAUGGACUCCUGCUAGAGUUUCACCCAGAACUGAAAGACUUGGAUGCAAAGAAAUAUAAUGACUGUAAAAUGCUGUUCAUCUUUGAUGGUUUUGACGAGAGUCGACUUCAGCUGAAUUUUGAUGAGAAGCUGUGUGAUGUGACCAAAACAUCAUCAGUGAAUAUACUGAUAUCAAACCUCAUCAAAGGAAAUCUUCUUCCCUCUGCACUCAUCUGGAUAACCUCCAGACCAGCAGCAGCCAGUCAGAUCCCCUCUCAGUUCAUCAGUCGUGUGACAGAAGUCCAAGGAUUCAGUGAUUCACAGAAAGAGGAAUACUUCAGAAAAAGAGUCAGUGAUGAGAGUCAAGCCAACAGAAUCAUCUCACACAUCAAGACAUCAGUGAGUCUCCACAUCAUGUGUCACAUCCCAGUGUUCUGUUGGAUUUCAGCCACUGUGUUUCAGGAAAUGCUGCGUCAAGACAAUGUUAAAGAGAUCCCUAAAACCCUGACUGAGAUGUACACACACUUCCUGCUCAUUCAGACUAAAAUGAAGAAGCAGAAAUAUGAGGAGAAAGUUGAGGCAGACUCAAAGAAUCUUCUGGAAUCAAGCAAGGAGAUGUUUCUGAAACUUGCUAAACUGGCUUUUAAUCAGUUGCUGAAGGGCAAUGUCAUGUUUUAUGAAGAGGAUCUGAGAGAAUGUGGCAUUGAUGUGAGUGAGGCCACAGUGUACUCUGGGAUUUGUACUGAGAUCUUUAAGGAGGAAUCUGUGCUUCGUCAGAAGAAGGUCUACUGCUUUGUGCAUCUGAGUGUUCAAGAGUUCUUUGCUGCUCUCUAUGCGUUUUACUGCUAUGUAAACAAGAACAUGGAGGUACUGAAGUAUCUGCAGAGAGAUAGAAACUCCAAUGACUUUUCCUUGGAUGAGUUGCUGAAGAAAGCUGUGGAUAAAUCUUUGGAGAGUAAGGAUGGAUGUCUCGAUCUGUUUGUCCGCUUCCUUCAUGGCAUCUCACUGGAGUCCAACCAGAAACUCCUACAAGGCCUGCUGACACACACACAGAACUACCAGGAGAGCAUCAAGGAAAUAAGCCGUUACAUCAAAGAGUUAAAUAAAGAUGGUGUCCCACCUGAGAGAUGGAUUAAUCUACUGCACUGCCUGACUGAAAUGAAUGAUCACUCUCUCCAUGAAGAAAUUCAGGCUUUUGUCAAGUCUGAAAAUUACAGAACUGAACUCUCACUUGCACACUGCACAGCACUGGCCUACAUGUUUCUGAUGUCAGAGGAGGUGCUGGAUGAGUUUGACCUGAAGAAAUACAAGACAUCAGAUGAGGGUCGUAGGAGACUGCUCCCAGCUGUGAGGUGCUGCAGAAAAGCUCUGUGA